AUAAAACUAAUUACAACAUAUAAAACAAUUAGAAAUAAAACAAUCUUAAUCAUCAAGUUAAAACCGAAGUAAAGAGCAUAUAAUUAAACAGCAUGUCUAAAGAACAAGAACAACAGCAGCAGCCUAUUAAGUAUGGGGAUGUUUUCUUGGUGUCUGAGAAGAUUGCUAAUAAGCCCAUUGCACCACUAGACGCUGCUGCUAUGCAGUCUGCUGAGAACCAAGUCAUGGGUCAAUCCCAAAAAGGUGGCCCGGCUUCCCUUAUGCAGGCAGCCGCGGCCAAGAAUGUUCGAGCCGGAGUUACCCCUCACGGUACAGCCUCCGAUGUUGGGACAAACCUAGGCAUGAAUGUUACUGAGACCAUAGUUGAUGGUCAGCGUUUCAUUACCCAGUCUAUUGGUGACCAGGUCAUAGUGAGGUGUGCAAACCCAAAUCCAAACCCAACCGCGGACAAGAUGGUGGCUCCACCAUCAGCAGUGGACAGUGAUGCAGUGACCAUAGGAGAAGCCCUGGAGACAUCUGCAAUAUCUGCAGGAGACAAACCCAUAACCCAAACUGAUGCUGCUGCCAUUCAGGCUGCCGAAAUGCGGGUCACAGGCCGCGGCAACACUCCCCCUGGUGGCCUUGGAGCAGAGGCCCAAUCUGCUGCCACUAGGAAUGAACAAAUCAUGUCUUAUGAAAACAAGAUCACUCUUGGAGAUGUUCUUACAGAUGCAGCAACUAGAUUGUCAGAUGAUAAACCAGUAACUAUUCAAGAUGCAGAAAGGGUGAUAGCAGCAGAGGUGAGAAACGACCCAAAUUUGGCAACCAACCUUGGGGGAGUCGGCGAAUCUGUGGCCGUAGCAGCAAGGAUGAACCAACAAAAGUUGAAGUAGUAACUCAGUAACUUAAGCAUUAUAAAAGAAGUUAUGCACAUAACACAGUAGUGUACGUAUGCCUCGUAUCAUACACAAGUAUCGUAAACUAUGUAAAACAAGUUCAAUUCAGUAGAUUGGUAAGCUUUUUGAGCUGUGCAAAAUAGCUGCAAACUACUCAAUAAGUAAUUAAUUGUAAGUCUCUUUCAGCUGUUUACCAAUGUGUGAUUGUACCAUGUAUAAUCCUUUAGACCUUCCUGUGUUUUUGAGAUGAUUUACAUUUUACGUUGUAUGGCUCCUUACCAAGUUUU